CAAAUGGCCAGUCGCGUGUGGAACUCGGCUGCGAUCGGUUGACUAUUGAAGUGCGCUCUGCAGAUUCGUUGUGAUCCGUGCUCCUCGCUCCUCCUCGCUUCCUGAACGUUUUCGGACGGUUUUCCAAUCGAAACGAACCAAAAAUCGCACACAUCAAGACGCAUUAUAUAAACAGAAGAUCCACAACACCUUAAUGCACACGCACACACCUCUCCCACUAUAAAUAGCCCGCGGUAAUCGGUAAAUAAAUAAAUCGGAGAGCGGCAAAGUAAAAGUUCUAGGAAGAAAAUCUAAUUGCGACUUUGCGAAAAAGAUGGUGAAAUAAACGAAGAACUUUGACUAUAAUGAGAGAAUCGAACUUGAUGCAAUAAACACGCGUAUCAAACCAAUCCCCCCUCCCAAGCACAGUUAACAGUUAAUUGACGAAUUCGAACUGCUAAGUGAAAUGUUGGCGAGAUGUGUUUUGUUCGUCACUUGGCUGGCGGUUUUCAUCGCGACUGGAAAGAGUGACGAUCAGUUGAUGAAGCUACCCGCCUGCGCCGCCAAACAGGGCGAGUGCGAUGAUAACGAGGGUCCCGUCUGCGGCACCGAUGGCCAAACCUAUCCCACCAGGUGUCAUCUGCUGCGGGCGCAGUGCGGUGGCCACCAGGUGAGCCUCAAGUACAGCGACUCCUGCAAUGCCUGCUUGGAGGCGGUGAAAUUUGCCCGUCGUCAGCAGGAGCGAGAUCCCGGGUACUUUGUGCCCAGGUGCAGGAAGGAUGGCAACUUUGCGGCGAUGCAGUGCUAUGGGAACAACGGAUGCUGGUGCAGCGACAGUCAGGGCAGGCCCAUCGAGGAUGAUAACAAGCAAUUCCGGCGGAAGGGAAAGCUGCGCUGCAGGGCCAAUCGACGUGACCGACGCCGCCUGGCAUCGCAUCAGAUUGGCUACAAUCCGGAUACAUCUGCGUCCAAAGGCAGUUCGGAGGCGGGAUCUACAGCCCAUCGGACUUGCAGCAAGUCCGAUCGGUCGCAAUUCAACACCAACCUGAUGAGGAUGUUCCGGAACGAGGCUCAGAGCUUUUUCCGCCAGCCAACUCUCUCGGAUUCCCACAUCCUGGAGUGGCAGUUCUCCAAGCUGGACACGAAUGGCAACAAGUUGCUCGAUCGCCAGGAGAUUCGGGAGCUGAAGAAGGUACUCCGGCGGAACGUUAAACCUCGUCGUUGUGGACGGACCUUUGGCAAAUACUGUGAUGUCAUCAAGGAUGCCAACCUCAAUUGGUUGGAAUGGAGCGUCUGCUUCACCAAGGAGUUUCACAACCGUAGUGCUGUCGUAAAUCUUCUGGCGAGCAGUGCAGCCACCGCCCCACCACACUCCACGCACUACAGCAUCCACAACACCAACGUCAAUGGCCACCACCGAGGUCACACCAAUACCAUUGGUACUGGAGUUAAUCCACACUCAUAUUCCGAGGAUGCGAGUGGCAGUGAGGAGCACGAGGACAACUACGAGGACGGUGCAACGGGCUACGGCGGUGAAGAGGACGACUCGCAAGGAGCAGAUCUGCCCAGUUCACGAACGCAUAUCCCAUCAUUAUAUAUGCUCAACUCAAAGCCAGAGACGGCGAGCCAGGACUUGGAGAAUGACUCCAACUGCUGGAUGGAUCAGUCGGUCACGCUGGAGGAGCAAGGCCACGGCGGAAAGAGCGUCCUAUUUGUGCCGCAGUGCCUUCCGGAUGGUCGCUAUCAGCGCAUUCAGUGCUACUCCUCCACGUCCACUUCGUACUGCUGGUGCGUCAACGAGGAUACGGGAAAGAGCAUACCGGGCACAUCGGUGAAGAACAAGCGGCCUCAGUGUGACGAGAGUGUGGCCGUGCGACCCAUGAAGGGAUGCACCGAGCCGCGCAAGACGCAGUUCCUCAAAGAGCUGAAGGCCUACCUCAACACCUCUCUUCUGCCCAGCAGCACCACCGGUACGAAUUCUAGCAUGUGGAAGACAGACGAUGAGCGAAUCGCCACUCUGAGCUUUGUCUAUCUGGACAAGAACAAGAAUAAGUCGUGGGAUCGUCGAGAGUGGAAGAACUUUCGCGAUCUGGUUACCAGUGCAAGCAACCUGCGCAGAUGCGGCAAGAAGAUGCCGCGCUACUGCGACGUCAAUGGUGACAAAAAGAUCUCGCUGGCCGAGUGGCUCAACUGCCUGCAAGCAACUCCGCGGGAAAGUGCCACCACGGCCAAGCCGGCACAGUCAAAUGAGACCGCCAGUCCAAAGUUUCAAGGUGUGAAUCCGGUGGAGCGAUAUCUGAAAGAUUAAUCGGGCUAAACGUUUCUAUAGCCGUGCUGCUGCUUCUACAACUCAUUAGAUGUCGUCGUGCCAUGACACACACAAAACCACACGAAUACACAUCCUACACAACACCAUCCACAAUUGGGUGGGUCGAUUUUUUGGAGUAAUCCUAAAAAUAUACACUUGAUACAUUUUUUUUAAAGAAAUAUAAUUUCUGUCUUUGAUUUUUUUAAAGAUCUAUUAGGAUUCUCAGUUUACAAUUUUUUAACUAUCAAAAGUGUUUUAAAAUUCUUAAUUUAUUUAUGUUUAAAAUAGUAACAAUACUGGUGUUUCUAAUACAUUCUUAAAUGCGUCAGAACAGUACAGAAUCAGUAAAAAAUUGUCUUGUUUGCAAAUAAGUAUUCGUCUUCUUUAUAAGCUCAGAUUUGGUUGUCCAUUAAAUCGAUCCACCCUGACCCUCACCUACACGCAGACACAUUCCUAGCAUUAGAUUCUAUAAUUUACAUGUGUAUGUUACUAAUUCUUAAUUAGUGUUGUAAAUAUUAUCGAACAUAAA